AUGAAUUUUGUUUUUGUGUAUGCAACGCUUUGUUGGGUGUUGCUCUCUAUACGCGUUUCGAAAAAUAUUUACAUCUCAUAUCACCUUUUUGCAGCUUCAAGCUAUUACUCAUUGAUGAUAAUCGUUGGCCUGGAGGAUGUUAGGAAACAAGAUAAUAUACUGGAAGAGGAUACGACUAGCGACAUCUCUGAUGUAGACGAAAAGUCCACAACACUAAAUACAAGCUCUCAGGAGAUAGCUAUCGAGCCAAAAGAGACCAAACCCAAUCCAUUGAUGACACUUUUGAAUGGGAACCAAAGACUGAAUAGAGUGGCCGAGAGUUCAAGAGUUGGGGAUUCCGAGGUAUCCAUGCCAAUGUCAAUGACUUUUCAGGAGUCCACGACUCGACAAAGUAAACCAGUUCUGUUAAUGUCAAUAUUGAAUGGGAACAAGCAAAAGGCGGUCAACGAAGAUAGUGUGACUGGCGCAAUCAAUGUGGAUACAAUGUCGAUAACACUUCCCUUUGCUUCUCAGUCUGAUGUCACUGAGAAUGCUCCUAAACAGUCAAAUAUGCUAAUGUCAGUGCUCAACGGAAACAAAAGUGUUCCAAAAGUGUUGGAACAAGUGGAACAAACUAUUCCAAAGGAAACUCAAAGCACAAAGACGCUCGAGGAAAUGGUUUAUUCUAACGUGAAAUCAACAACAGUCAAGGAUUUAUUUUCUGCAUAUAAAAAGCAGUUCGAUGGCAAGAUCAUUAUACGAUUACCACCAACGCAAUUAUUAAAGAUACAAAGCGCAUAUUCAAAGUUUCAACCAAGUAGGGUAACAGAAAACACCUCGUGUAAUAACGAACUAGAGUCUAGAAUUUUCCUUAAAGCUAAACUGACCUCCGCUCGAGACCUUUUCAAUAGUUUCAAACCCAAGACAGGUAGUGCCAAUGGGACCAGGUCUUAUAUGGUGACAUUAAAGCUAGAUGCCAAAAAGUUGGCCAAGGUGAGCUACUUUGUUACAAAGGGGAAUAAUAGCACUGGAAGGUCGUGCAAGAAUUUGUUUAGUGAAAUGAUGUCUGCGAGUCGCAACGUUAAAUUGAUCCCGCUACAAAAAGCUAAAGAAUUGAAUCCUCUACCUAUAAGCAAAACUGAAUUUCACAUAUUUGACGAUACAUGGAACCCAAUAAAACCAAAGCCAAAAAAAUCCGUACAUUUGGAAGAACAUUCUGGGUUUAUACCUGCUUUGAAAAGAGAAAUGGAAAUUGAUCCCUACGUCUAUGAAACAAAAGAAGUUGACAAAAGGGAAUACGCUUUGAAGAAAUUGCCGUGUCUUCAAAAAAUGGCCUCGCUUAAUGCCAUUUUCAACCGUCUAGAUAAUGAGACUAGGAAGCAAUUAUGGGUUGACAAAUACCAACCAAAAUGCACACAAGAUCUACUAAUGCAUAGACAAAAUAUUGCGCUAAUAACCCAGUGGAUAAACAAUUCAUUUGAGAAACUAAAAACACAAGCCCCGGUCAAGAAUUUAAACCGAAAGUUGAAGAAAAGGCGAGUGGACACAUUUAUUGUUGAAGAUGAAAUGGAAGAGGAAAUAUGCCUGCCAUUUCUUAUACUACAAGGCUCCAAUGGCUCUGGUAAAUCUACAGCGGUGUAUACUGCAAUGAAAGAGCUAGAUGGAUAUGUUCAUGAGAUAAAUAGUGGAAUGGCAAGGGGUCGAAAAGACAUUUACAACAGCUUGAAGGAGUUGUCGACCACUCAGCUUGUUCAUGACACAAAGGACUCUAAACCAGGAUUGAUCUUCUUUGAGGACGUUAAUAUCCUUUUUGAACAAGACAAGUCUUUUUGGCUGGUCGUUCAGGACAUCAUCAACGUUUCCAAACGGCCAAUUGUAAUUACAUGUGAAGAAUUGUGGAAUAUUCCGAAAAACCUUGUUGAUUUUGCUCAGGAAGAUAAUUCGAUUAUUUUCAUUGACGAUAAAAUAGUAUCGAGGAAGCUUGUAAUAGAUUACUUGUGGAUGUGUUGUUUAGCUGAAGGUUUUGAUGUUGGUGAUGAUAUUCUCGAGCAAAUCGUUGAUGAUAUGUGGAACGGGCACAAUUAUGAUCUACGAGGGUGUUUGAUGAGCUGUGAAAUAUUGUGCAAGAAAAAGCUGGAGCAUUUGGUGGUGGUAAGAAAACGAAGUGAAGAGUGUACCCAUGUGGUGAAGGACUUGCAAGAAAAAGCAUUUUAUUGUGAGUUGAACUCGUGUGGAGAUGUUAUUGAAAGUUGUUGCGAAUCACAAAUUCCGCAAACAAGUGGUGACAACGAAUUGUUUGAUAUCUAUUGUGUGGAUGACUCUUUAGGGUGUUUGCCAUUCGAACUAAAUGUUGGAGAAGAACUUGAGAAGCAUUCCAAGACUGAUCAAACGCUUCCAUCUUCCAAGUUUACAUUUAAUGACUUGCAAUUUGAAUGUCAGCAGUUCAUUGGAUCAAGAAGCAAGAAAUUUCCCAGCUACUACUAUCAAGAUUUUGAAAAACGUGCAACUCGUUCCAGUAGCGACUUUGUGGAACCUACGACAGGAAUACCAGAAACUUCUUUCAUUUACAACAUCUCACCAACCUCAUUCAUUCUCGAUUUAUUACCGUUCACUAGAGUAUGGCAGGCUUUUCAGACCCAACUUGAUAUCUUUGAAGCUAAAACUUUGGAAGAAGAAAAGCCAAGCUUGAAAAAAUUUCUACAGUACCGUGACUUUCAACACAAGUCGACGUUAAAUGGAACAUUAAAAUUAGAGUAA